CUUUUUUUUAUCAUCGCUUAUUAUUAUGAAAUUUAAAAAAUAAUAAUUGUGAUGUAGCAUGCAGAGGGAAAUGAUGAGAAUGGUUUAGUUUUUGGGUGGAUGUAGUGCGGUGACAACGAGGAUACGUGAAGGCGAUCCAUCAACCAACUGUUGGCCAGUUUCACGCUCUGUCAGAUCCCACUGUCGGGCGAUAUAUGGCGUCCCUCCGUGUCCACCGCUGUCAGGUAUCUCAUCAGCUCACUGCCUGUCAUCAAUCUCUAGAGAGCAUUGUUAAAAAUGUCCCGAUCGGAAGUGAUGAUGAAGAUAUCUGCGAUAAUACCGCAUCUGCUACUAUGUAGGGGGUGCGCCAUAAUAGGAACCAGGAAAUUUCAGAGGACUCAUUACAAACCUUAUAUGAUCACUUUUCCGGCUCUCAAGAUCGAUUUCGAUGAAUGA